CUAGCCUUGCUUUACUUUGACACCUUUACACACACAAUGUUCUUAACGGCAAUGAAGGGCGUUGGGGCCUUGCAGUCCCUGGCUACACGAGGUACAUUUAAAUUGACCAACAGCGACGCAUAUAUAAGCAUGAGAUGCUGACAGCUCCUCAUUUAAUAUAUAGUGGCCAUGCCAACCAAGAGCUUUGUUCGAAAUAUUCAAACUGACGCAACGACCAAAAACCUGUUAACGAAAUUACGAGACCAGCUACGAUACUACGCGGUCGCAGAAAUUGCCGGCCGUCCGUACCUUAUCACAAAGAACGACCAAGUUAUCGUGAAUCGGCUGAAAGACGUCAAGGUCGGCGACGUUUUGAAGCUAGACCGAGUACGCGAACUCGGUAGCAAGGAUUAUACCGUCAAGGGUCAACCCUACGUCAAUGAAGGGUUCUACGACAUCUCAGCUACCGUCAUUGAACACCCCAAAAGCAAAUUGAUUCAGAUUGUCAAAAAGAAGAGAAGAAAGAACUACAAGCGUACCAUCGAGCAUAAGCAAACUCAUACCGUGCUCCGAAUCUCCAAAGUGGAUGUGAACGCUUUGGAUUAAAGGAGAAGGUAGAGCCAACACCAACACCAUCAUUAUCAUCAUCGACAACAACAGCAACAGCAACAACAGUAGCUACCACAACAAAAUAAUGUAUUAUAGACUUUAAACAAUAAACUGGAAAAAAGUUGGACCC